GUCGUUUUCUCUUUUAGCAAAAAUAGCUAAAUUUGCAUGAAUAUUAAUUAAAUUCAAUAGCGUUCUAUGCAUAACUUAAUGCACCAUAAUGAAUCCGUGCCCGGAACAGUUGAACUUUGACGAAAUCUGCCGUAGCUGCAUGACUAAAAAGGAUCGCAUGCGACCGCUGUUCGGUUCCAGCUUGGACUCGAUGUUGAUGACUGUGGCAAAUGUUACGGUAUUCCAAGAAGACGGUUAUCCGGCUCAGAUGUGUGUUCAGUGCGUGCUGCAGGUCAGCCGUGCAUUCACCUUUAAGCAACAAUGCGAGAAAAAUGAUGCCACCCUAAAGGCCUAUCUGAAUCAGGCACUCCUGCUGCAACAUCAGCAACAGGACUCGGAGGUGAUCAGCUUGGAUGGAAAUGAUCAUGAUGAUAAUCGGGAAGAAGAGAUACAGUUCAUUUCUCUGGAUUCGCAAGAUCAUCCGAUCGGAUAUAGGUUCAAUGGAAGCGACUCGAAUGAGUGUGUUCUGAUACUGAGUGCCACCGGUGAAGAGAACAUGGAGCACGAACCGACCGAGCUGGUUAUGUCCUCCUUCGGUUCCAUAAUGCCAAAGGCGGAAAUUUCUGACACCAUUAACUCGGAAGCUUAUCAAAGAAGCCGGCAAAACGAUGAAUCUGUAGGCCAUGUAAUCGAAGAAAGUGGGGAAAUCAAAUUGAUCACAUCCUUCAAUCUGGACCAAAACAUGCUCGAAUGUGCACAGAUUUCUCUGAAUGAGGAAAUUGCAGGGGACGACCAUUUCGAUGCAACUGACUCGAACGAACAGGAUGAAGAAGAAAUUACCUUCGAGGAGAGUGUCGAUAAAACCAAUAUGUUUGCCACGAAUGUUUUCAAAUGCGAGGACUGCCAGAGGGAAUUCAAAUCCAAUGUCGAACUGAAGACGCAUAGGUUGUCUUGUCCAGCUCUAACGAACAGUACGGCUGUGAAGCUACCAAAUCGGUCCGAGGAAAUCACAAGAUCGAGUAGCUUGGAAAAUGCGCCGCCAUCAUAUGACAGUACCGUUUCGUUGCGGUUCGAAUGUACUGUUUGCAACAAACGAUUUUCGGAUACCAGUAAACUGAGGCGUCAUUCGCGUACUCAUCUGAUCGAUAAACCGCACGUCUGCAAAGUUUGUGGUAUGUCUUUUGCGGAAAGUUCCAACCUAACCAAGCACCACCGGAAGCACACCGGCGAACUGAGAAAUGUGGUUGGCAAACCGAAUCUCUGUUCGGUUUGCGGCAAACGUUUCAAGUGGACAACCUCCCUGUCGAAGCAUAUGAAGCAUCACACGAAGAGGAAAUUGUUCACCUGUCCGUAUCCGAAUUGCGAUAAGUACUACGUAGAGCAACGCUCGCUGGACAUUCACAUCUUCUCGCACGACGGCAAGAAGCCUUUCACGUGCAGCUACUGCGACAAAGGGUUUACGCAGAAGUGCAACCUGGAGAAGCACGAGCGAGUGCAUACCGGUGAAAAACCCUUCCAGUGUAAUGUGUGCCAUAAAAGCUUUGCACAAAGUGGCUAUCUGGUCAUCCACCAGCGGAUUCACAGCCAGGAGAAACCGUACAACUGUGAGGAAUGUGGGAAACAAUUCGCCGCCUCCAACGCCCUGACGGUACAUCUGCGGUCGCACAGUGGCGAACGUCCGUACGCGUGUGAUCUGUGCAGUAAGCGAUUCUCGCGCCAGGAAACACUCACGAUUCACAAAACUAGAAAACACUCCAACGACAAGUCGCACGUUUGUACGAUCUGCCAGCGAAAGUUUUCCACCACCGAGGGUCUAACGGAACACCUGAAGAGUCAGCACGGCGAUCGGUACUACCACAUGUGCCCUUCCUGCGGCAAGGUGUUUGCCUCCAUGCAGAGCCUAAAGAACCAUCAGAAAAUGCACCUGAAGGAAGGUGAUAUUGCCGAGGAUCAACCCCAGCCGUUGAUACAGUUUGUGGUCGAACAGGAGAUAGUCGGUCAAACCGUGGACUUGUCGGCACUGGAAGCGAGUACCAUGGUUUCCAGUGACGAUGCAAUGUGAUAAAUUCCAAUAACGAAAUGUCUCUAAACGGCGAAGCAAUUACCGAGGGAUCUAUCCGGAUUCGAAAUGUUCUCUGUGAGGAAGUGCUU